AUGGGAAAAAUCUUGGAGAAGUGUUUGAUUGAUUGGUCAAUAGAUAAGGUUUUAACAAUUUCUGUUGACAAUGCCUCUGCCAAUAAGCAAGCCAUUGAUUACCUUAGGAAGAAAAUGUGCAAUUGGGACACAAAACCAAUUUGUGGAGAUUGGGACAAUGCAGCAGUUUUUGUGAAGUUCUUGAAAGUCUUCUACGAUGUGACCCUUAAUGUUAGUGCUUCACUUACCCCCACUGCACACAAGGCAUUCCAUGAUAUUGUUACUAUUGAAGCAGAGCUUCAAGAUCUCAGUUCUAUUGGGGUAGGGCCUGAUUCAAGUGAAGCAGACAACGUCUUGUACAACAUGGCAGUCAAGAUGAAGGCCAAAUAUUCCAAGUAUUUUGGGAACUUAGAUGACCUGAACCAACUCUUCCUAGUUGCUUUGGUCUUAGAUCCUAGGUAUAAAUUGAGGAACAUUAGUUGGUUGUGUGAUACAAUGUUGAAUUUGUGUGAUUGGGAGAUCAAGAAGAAAUGUGAUGACGUAAAGCAGCUUGUGGUAGACUUGUGUGACUUGUAUGGGCAGUCUAAUGGUUCACAUAGUAGACAGACCAAGACCAAGGGUAAAGAUCCAAGUACUAGUGCAACAGGUACUAGUAAGAGUAGAAGCAAAGCAAGGAUUCUUAGUGGGAAGAGGGCUGUUAUGCAAGAAGACUGGAAUAGGCAGCUUGAACAGAAUAACGAUGUUGUGGUGGGACAUGAAGUUGAUAGAUAUUUGCUGGACCCUAUAGAAAAACCGGCUGAAAAUGAUGAUUGGAAGAUUUUGGAUUGGUGGAAGCUGAAUGGAGGUAAAUAUCCCAACUUGCAAUCAUUGGCUAGAGAUAUAUUAGCCAUACAAGUGUCAACAGUUGCGAGCUGA